AUGGCAGCAUUAGCAUCGAGUAGUUUUGAAUUCAAUAUGUUAGUCACUGAAGUGACCGAAGAUAGUUCUUCGGAUGUUAGUGAAGAGAUUGAUGAAUUAGCAGGAGAUCUUGAACCUAUCACGGAAGUUGAUAAUAUGAAGAAUGAUAUACCAAAUAAUGAUAAGCUAGUUCCUUGUAAUGAUGAUAAUAACACGAGUAAUGUAAAGGAACAAGAAAAAGGAGGAGACGAUGAUAUUUACGAAAUCGAAAAAAUAGUAGAUCAUCGAACGUAUAGGGGAUCAAUACAAUAUAUGAUCAAGUGGAAAGGAUAUUCUGAAAAACAUAAUUCUUGGGUGUCAAAAGAGCACGAAAGUGAAUAUUGGAAUAAUAAAGAAAUAGAAGCAAAAGAAAAAAUAAAGUCAUUAGCAGAUAGACAUAAUGUUAAUACAAAAAGAUCGAAAAGACAAAGGUCCAACAGAAUUAAAAAAAAUCAAGAGACACAUGUCAGACAAAAGAAAAGCUUUGUUGAAUUAAAAUCAUCGAAAACUAAUGAAAACUUGUUGAAUAAUAAUGAUAAUCACAAUGAUAAACAUGAUAAUAUGAAUGGUAUUAUAUCUUCAGUUACUCCAUUACGAUCUUCCGAAGUAACUGAAGUUGAAAAAGAUGAAGCAAAUGAUAAUUAUGAUGAAGGAUUAUAUGAAAAAGAAGAAAUAUUUAAAGAAGCAGAAGAAGAUGAUGAUGAUUAUGAUAACUUUACGCCUGCUGCUAUAGCUGGAAGUUGGGAACCUUUUGUUAAAGACGUUGCUACUAUCCAACAAGAUCCAUAUACGGGAACACUAAUAGUUUUUCUGAAUUGGAAGAAUGGACACCGUACAUCACACACUAAUAAAGUAACAAAUGUAAAAUGUCCACAAAAAAUGUUAGAAUUUUAUCAACAGCACGUGCAAUUCGUUCAUCAACAGCAUUAG